UUCUAUGAAAUAUUGACUUCGCCAAAAAAUAUUUAUUUUAUAUUUGGAUUGAAACUAUACCGCAAAAACAUAGGAAAAUCCCCGAGUUAUUGUGGUUGCAGAAAAUCAACGAUUCUAGAACAUUGUAACACUUUUCAAAACAAGUCACCGAACGCGCGACACGCCAUCAGACCGAUAAUGUCCCAGAGAUCAGUCUGGCAAUGUCACAGACAGUACCCCUGUGGUAGAUCGUACAAACAAGAGCAACAAACAAAAAAAACGAGGGCAUGCGUACACCGAACGAGCCGAUCUUCGCUAACCAUCCAGUCUAUUCGCAUCGGAAGAAGUGCUGGUCGUAGUAGUUGGUGGCAGUCACAAUAAGGCACGCGCUUUAAGGUCAAAGAACUAAAUUCGGUCACAAACUCUUCCACUCCAGUGGCGCAAAUCGGUCACAUGAAAUGCGUCAUAUCAUCACUUUCCUGGAAGGCAUGUAAUAUGUACAAAUAUUCCAGUCGCUUGUUUGGAAACGCGCAACCGGACGACGAUUGACGCCACCUGAUAACAGUUGCAGCAGCGCAAUCGUGCUGACGAUUUGUUUGGCGAUUGAAGCCGAUAAACUACGUAAACACGGCCAGCCAGCCAGGUUAUCCCUCUCUACCAUGUGAUUGUGGUCACUCGUGCAACUGACCGACGGCGACAGUAACGGACCAAGAGUGACAAUAGAACCAUUGUAACAAUGCGAAUUCAGAAAACGGUAGGGACAACAAAACAGGAUCUAUCAACACAACAACAGUAACAAAACGAGCGCAAACAAAGCGCGGGAAAGGGAGAAAGCGCCUUACGACGUGAAAAGAAGUACCGUUGUUCCGGGGUAGGGGGGAUCCAUAGAUAGAAGACCCCCAACACAUGCGUGGCUGUGUCCAGUGGAGCGGUGCGCCACCAACAACAAACACCAGUGUGCAAAGUGUGUGCGUGCGCGUGUGUGUGUUGUUUGUUUGCUUCUAACUGAUGAAAAGUGCUGUUUUGUGGCGCGAAUUGGUAAACAAGUCGUUGUUUUUUUUGUUCGUUACAAGUGUGUAAAUAGUAGCGAGCGAACCAGGAAGAAGAAGAAGAAGGUGAAUAUAAACGUGAAGAAGUAGAAGAAAAACAACUAGUAAAAAGCGGUUCGGAGUUUUUGCAAUGUUAGAUCAAUUUUGUCAGUUAUUGCUGCCUGCUGCGGCUGUUGCAUUGACCGAUUAGAAGGUGUAGUGAGUAAAAUCUCUGAAGUGCCAUCGACUCUCGGAAACACAAGGCGGCAAGGAAUAUACAACACAAGGGGCGAUAAUUUAAACUAUUGCAGUUCGAUAGGCAGAUCUAGUUCAUUAGUGGUGCAGUGCUAAACGACGACGAGCGGCGAUGGGAGUGAUGUUCAAUUACGAUUUCUGGUCCAAUCCAGAGGAGGUGACGGAAGUGACGUUUUUUCUGCCGAAUGGCGUGCUCAUAAUACUCAAGUACUCGAUCUACGCCACGCUACAGGAUCUGAAAGCGGACGUAUGGGAAGAGGCGGAACGCUACCCGCUCUACUGCCACCUGGGCGACAAGUCGAUGUACUUUUUCAGCACCGUAUCGAGCGCCAACAACACCAGCUAUGAGUUGAACGACGAAACCAAGCGGCUGAUCGAUGUCCAGCCGGUGUUCUGCAUGUUCCGGUUCGUCGAGAAGCAGGUCUCGGUGAAUAACAAGCUGAUCAACAACAUUACCACCCUGCUCGGGAAGACGCUCUCGGAGAAGACGCUGAAGAACCCUGAGGUGAACGAUUUCCGCACCAAGAUGAGCUACCUCGGGGAGGAUAUCGCCAACAAGCGGGCCGUGAUGAAUCGGAUGGAGCGGAUAUCGUAUCAGUAUCCCCCGAAGCUGGUCAGCAGUCAACACAUUCCGGAGCUGGUGAAGAAGCGCAUCACCAACGGUGAUUUCUGCGUGGUUGCCAAGAGUGCCGACAUGCAGGUUACCGUGAAAAUACCCUGUAAAGCCACGCCGGAUGAGGUGAUAAAACGGAUCCUUGAGAAGAAACAAAUAUCUGCUAACACCCGGAAUGAGAACAGUUGCGACUUCAUCCUGAAGGUGUGCGGCCGGGAGGAGUACAUGUUCGGUGAGCAUCCCAUCAUCAACUUUCAGUAUGUGCAGGACACUCUGUCGCGCGAGGAAACGCCAACGUUCGUUCCGAAGUUGCUGCGGAACGUUGAGAUUUUCGAGGAUAAUAUCUAUGAAAUACCGGAGGACAUCACCCAGCGGACGAACAGCACCGGCAGUAAGCAGCCUUCGCACACGCUGCGGAAGGUGAAAUACGUCACGAGUUGGGACAUCGAUAGUCAGUUUCAGUGCACGGUUCACGGGAUUGCCGAUUUGAAUUGCGACGCGAAUCGAAACGUCGAGGUGGGUAUUCAGCUGGGUUUGUUUCACGGGGGGAAAUCCCUGUGCAAACCGAUGAAGACUCAGCUAGUGGCGCUGAACGGAGGCAGUGCGAUGUGGGAUGAGAACAUAGUGUUCGACAUCGAUGUGAAAAACGUUCCUAGAAUGGCGAGGUUGUGCCUGGUGAUCUAUGAAAACGUGCGAACGGCCAAGGGCAUCGGGGUGAGGGCGCGUCGCACGAAGGAUGGCUUCAUGAAUCCCAUCGCGUGGGUCAAUACGAUGGUUUACGAUUACAAGAAUCAGAUGAAGGCGGGAGCGGUGACGUUGUACACCUGGACUUACGCCGAGGACUCCCAGUCGGAGGAUGUGCUGCAUCCGCUCGGAACGGUUGAACCCAAUCCACGACGAGACGAAUGCUCCUCUAUUAUUCUCAGCUUCCACAACUACAACCAGGAGAACAAGAUUAUCGUGUAUCCCUCGGAGGACCAACUGCUGGAUCAUGCGGUCAAGAUGAGGCGGAUAAACAGGCAUUUAAAUCGGGACAGCGCGGAAGAAAUGCGACCGAUCAAGGAGAUCCUGUUGCCCUACAUGCACAACGAUCGUCUGAACGAUAUGCACGAGCAGGAUCGUAACGCGAUCUGGGCUAAACGGAGAGAGUGUAUGACGCUGGAGCCGGAUGGUUUGCCGUGUCUGUUGUACUGCGUGGAGUGGAACGAUAGAAAUGAGGUGGCCGAAAUUACCUCCCUCCUCCAGGAGUGGCCAGUGCUGCCCCUGGAGCGAGCACUGGAGCUGCUCGACUAUGCCUACGCCGAUCAGUACGUGCGGAGGUAUGCUGUGAAGUGUUUACGUGCCAUCCAGGACGACGAGCUGCUGCUGUAUCUGCUGCAGCUGGUACAAGCGAUGAAGCACGAAUCCUAUCUGUACUGUGAUCUGGUCGAUUUUCUGCUGCAACGGGCUCUCAACAAUCAGCACAUCGGUCACUUCUUUUUCUGGCAUUUGCGCUCGGAGAUACAGGUUCCCUCGGUGCAGGUCCGCUUCGGGUUGAUCCUGGAGGCGUACCUGAAGGGCAGCCAGGAGCACGUGUCGAUACUGCUGAAACAGAUGCAGUGCCUGCGGAAACUGCAGCAGGGGUCGGAGCUGGUGAAGAAGGGCAACAAGGAAAAGGGUAAAUCGUUGCUUACCGAGUAUCUACAGGAACGGACCGUCGGGGAGGCGAUGUCCGAUGUGAUAAGUCCGCUUAAUCCGAGCUUUCGGUGUAAGGCUGUUAGGGCGGAGAAGUGCAAGGUGAUGGAUUCCAAGAUGCGACCACUGUGGAUAGUGUAUCAAAAUUCAGACAUCAAUGGGGACGAUAUAAAUAUGAUCUUCAAGAAUGGUGACGAUCUGCGGCAGGAUAUGCUCACGCUGCAGAUGCUACGCAUCAUGGAUCGAAUCUGGAAAAGUCACGGCUACGACUUCCGGAUGAACCCGUACAGCUGUAUUAGUACCGAUCGUCGGUUAGGCAUCAUCGAAGUGGUGCUGAACGCCGAGACGAUCGCCAACAUUCAGAAGGAGAAGGGAAUGUUCUCGGCCACUUCCCCGUUCAAGAAAGGAUCUCUGCUUGCUUGGUUGAAGGAACACAACUCGACGGAGGAGCUGCAAGCGAAAGCGGUGCAGGAAUUUACGCUCAGUUGUGCGGGUUAUUGCGUGGCAACAUACGUUUUGGGUGUGGCCGAUCGGCACUCGGACAACAUCAUGGUGAAGAAAACCGGCCAGCUUUUCCACAUCGAUUUUGGUCAUAUUUUGGGUCACUUCAAGGAGAAGUUUGGUUUCCGGCGCGAGCGGGUACCGUUCGUGUUGACACAUGAUUUUGUAUACGUUAUCAACAAAGGUCGCACCGAUAGGGAAGCGCAUGAAUUCCGACAAUUUCAGCACCUUUGCGAAGAGGCAUUUUUAAUUUUAAGAAAGCACGGUUGUUUAAUACUUUCACUUUUUGCCAUGAUGAUCUCGACUGGCCUGCCAGAGCUAUCAUCGGAGAAAGAUCUCAACUAUUUAAGGGAAACUUUGGUGCUCGAUCUACCGGAAGCCGAAGCUCGUGAACACUUCAAGUCCAAGUUCAGCGAAGCGUUGGCAAACUCGUGGAAAACCUCACUCAACUGGGCGUCGCACAACUUCUCUAAGAACAACAAGCAGUGACAGUUGCGAUAUAAUCUCACCAUGUAAGAGAUGUUCCAACACAACAGAACAGCGGUGCCCCGGGAGCAAGGUUGAAAGUGUACAUAUAUAGCAUCUAUUCAUGUGAACCAAAAGUAUAUAUGGUGUAGGGUGAGAUUGUGUUUG